UGGCUCGGAAAGGAAUUUACCGACAUUUGACUGCCUCGACUGCACUUUUCUGCCUCUUUGUUGGCCAAGCUUGAUUUUGAAAAAAAUAUUUAUUUAACUUAGCUAUGAAAUGUGAGGUUGGGGUAUACUAUGGAAUGUGAAAGCACUGCACAAAGAAGAAGACGGUUAGCCAGAGAAAGGCAACGGAAACACAGAGCAGGUCAAAAUGCUACAGAUAAUAAUGAUAUAGGACAGAGACGCAAGUUAGCCAGAGAAAGGCAACAGAAACUUAGAUCAAGUCAAAAUGCUACAGAUGCUGAUGAAAUAGAACGGAGACGCAGGUUAGCCAGAGAAAGGCAACAGAGACACAGAGCAAGUAAAAAUGUUACAGAUGCUAAUGAAAUAGAACGGAGACGCAGGUUAGCCAGAGAAAGGCAACAGAGACACAGAGCACGUCAAAAUGCUGUAGAUGCUAAUGAAAUAGAACGGAGACGUAGGUUAGCCAGAGAAAGGCAGCAGAGACACAGAGCAAGUCAGAAUGCUGAAGAAGUAGAACGGAGACGCAGGUUAAAUAGGAUACGCAUGCGAAACUGCAGACAGAAUAGAUUAGUGACAGUUGAUAAUAACACUUUCAAUGAAAAUGGUAAAUGCAUAAUGGCAUCUGGCAACAGAGGUUUCCAAAUCUUGACCAAGAACAGACUUUUGACAGGAUUUGAAAAAGAAAAAGAAGGGUUAUGGAAGGGCCCAUUCAGUUUUAUUCAAGCAGCUGACACUCAAUUUGGAAUGAUUGAAGAUUUUCUUGAAAAAAGAGAAAACCCUGGCUGGCAAGAAGAAAUUGUUUUAACAGAGAAAGCUAUAAAGGCUGUGAAUCAAAUGGUGCCUAAACCAAGAUUCUUUAUUGUAUGUGGUGACCUGAUUAAUGCUUUUCCAGGUGAGUGAUCUGUUGUAUUGUUUUU